CUUCUAUUACAAUUCGUUUCUUGCUGCGCCUAUAUGAAGCAAAGGUCUUUAUGGUCUUAAUGGAAGAAAAUGGCUCCUUUGUGUCCAGCAGAAUCAAGAGCAGCAGUGGAAAUAAUGUGUCCAUUCACAAGGAAAGAAUGAUGAAACAACAUGAUGUCUUAUUGGGCUCUCUUCUCAAAAGAAGUGAUUACACCAAAUUAUAUAGCUAUACUCAUUUGCUGAAUGGAUUUGCAAUUCAUGUGAAAUCUGAUGAGGCUUUGAGUAUUCUGCACACAGCGGAGGGAGUGAGUGCCGUUUAUGAAGAUGUUAAAAUGCAGAAGCGGACAACACACACACCGGAGUUUAUGGGAAUUCCUAAUGGAGUUUGGCCGAGGCUGGGCGGGCCAAGUGUCUCCGGUGAAGGAGUGGUCAUAGGCAUGAUUGACACUGGAAUCAAUCCCUUACAUCCCAGCUUCAUGACUCAAGAACACGUUGGCCGGCCCCCGGCGACUUCAAGAAAGUUCACCGGAAAAUGUAUUACAGGCGACGGUUUUCCGGCAACAGCAUGCAAUAACAAGAUCGUCGGGGCCCAGUAUUUCGCUCGGGCUGCCAUUGCUGCUGGAGAGUUCAACGUCUCGCGCCAUUAUGCUUCCCCCUUUGAUGCUGAUGGUCAUGGAAGCCAUACAGCUUCAAUAGCAGCGGGGAACCACCACAUUCCGGUCAUCUCCAACCGAUUCAGCUAUGGUUUUGCAAGUGGCAUGGCUCCCGGGGCUGGGAUUGCUGUGUACAAAGCACUCUAUUCUUUUGGAGGAUAUAUGUCUGAUGUAGUAGCUGCAGUUGAUCAGGCAGUGGAAGAUGGAGUUGAUGUUCUUAGCCUCUCCGUAGGGCCAUCGAGCAUCCCAUCAGGCCCUUCCGCGUUCCUAAACGUCCUAGAAAUCCAACUUUUGUUCGCCACAAGGGCAGGUGUGCUGGUGGUUCAAGCUGCUGGAAAUGGCGGCCCUUCUUCAAGGUCCAUGCUCUCUUUUAGCCCCUGGAUCACUAGUGUCGCCGCCUGCACUACUGAUCGGAGGUACACCAACUCCAUCAUUUUAGGCACUGGAAUCGCCUUGUCUGGCAGUGGACUCUCCCCUGCAACAAUGGGAGAAGAGUUUUUCCAACUUGCAGCCGCGGUGGACGUGAGCCAGAGGAACUCCACAGCAGGUCUUCUGACGGUGGAGAGCUGCCAAGAUCCCAGCCAAUUUGUGCCCUCAUUGGUUCGCGGCAAGCUGCUGAUCUGCACCUACACCUACGAUUUCGAGUCCGAGGCAGCCAGCAUAGCCGCGGUUGCCGACACCGUGGCCAGAGCCGGUGCUGCUGGCUUUGUGCUCACAGUGGACCCCGACCUUGGCUCUCAGCAAAUUAAGGGCGCCACGUUGACCCUACAAGUCCCCGGCCUCAUCUUGAACAACUUGGAGUCCUCCACGGCUUUGAGACAGUAUUACAAUUCAAACACAUUGAGAAGCAGAAACGGAAGAGCGGUUGCGUUCAGAGCAACGGCAAGGAUACUAGACGGAAGGAGAGCGGUUUAUACGGGCCAAGGCCCAAUUGUAGCAUCGUAUUCGUCAAGGGGCCCAGAUGUGAAUAAUGCAUUAUUAGACACUGCUGAUGUUCUUAAGCCAAACAUCAUGGCCCCUGGUUCCUCCAUUUGGGCUGCUUGGAGCCCUAAUAGUGAAGGAGACAAAUACAUCAAAGGGCAAAAUUUUGCUAUGGUUUCCGGGACGAGUAUGGCGACACCUCACAUAGCCGGCAUUGCAGCGCUGAUCAAACAGAGGCAUCCGAGCUGGAGGCCAUCCGCCAUCACGUCAGCAAUGAUGACAUCUGCUGACAUCACGGACCAUUCCGGUGCCGCGAUACUAUCCCAACAAGCCUCCCAGCUGGCUCCCGCAACGCCGUUCGAUUUUGGGUCUGGGUUCGUGAACCCGACCCGGGCUCUCAACCCGGGCCUGGUCUUCAACACCCACUUCCAACAGUACGUUCAGUUCUUGUGCGCGGUUCCGGGCGUGGACGAGAAGUCGGUCAGGCGGGCGGUCGGGUUUGAGUGCCCGCAGAACAAGAGGGCGCUCUGGUGCUCGGACUUGAACACGCCGAGCGUGACCAUCUCGAACCUGGUUGGGUCAAGGACCGUAAUGAGAAGGGUGACAAACGUGGCCAGGUCGGACGAGAGGUACCGGGUGAUCAUGAGAGAACCCGUUGGUGUUCGGGUUUCAGUAAUGCCACAGAACUUCUUGAUCAGAGGAGAAGCUUCAAGGCAUCUCAUAAUCGUCUUAAACGCAACCAAACCGACAAAUUCAUACUCAUUCGGGGAGAUGAUUCUGUUAGGAGACCGAAACCACGUCGUUCGGGUUCCGUUCUCCGUUUUUGUAAGCUCUUCUUUACAGUAAUAAUAUAGUGAAUCUCUAACAAAAUGAUGAGCUAGGCUGAGCUAGCAGACUUUAUAUGAAUCUUGAGAUUGUUCAUGGAUAUUAUAACUUCUAUUCACUGGUAUUGAUUGUGCAAUAGGACUACAUUUGAGGCUAUAUUACUUGUCCUUCUACCAAAAAAAGAAGUUGAAUUGUAGGAUUAAUACUACUCAUUUUGUAUCAGAUCAUUUGUCUAGUUUACUUUAUUUAAGUCAAACUAGACAAAUUUAUAUUAUUAAUGACAAUAAAUUUGUAGUGAAUUU